CAACCCUUUCACUGGAUGUUCAUAACAGUAUCAUCGAGCGAAUAGGGCUUGACCUCACGCAACAGAUUUCAAGCUCCACCCACACUCGCUCACCGACAGCUACCCCGCCUGAUUCACUGUUUCGCAUCACGACGCCGAGCCCCACUGUAACUGCUUGUGCGCACCACACCACACGCGAUAAGACACCAACAGCUUGUUCGUGAAGUGUGCAAAACUAGGCAAAGCUUCUACUGGCACCAGAACCGCGUGUUUGCGUAAGACCGACUCACGACCCCACAUUCACAUUUUCGACCCCUCCUGGUCCCGGCACUCGCGGAGUGGAAUUGCGCCUUGCACCCUGAGCCGGCCAAACACAGCGGCGCACGUCUGUUCCCAGAAUGUCGUCGUCGUCGCAAGUCACCGAGUCGUGGGUCGCGUCCUUCUGCGGCCUGCUCGGCCAUGAGUACUUCGCGGAGGUUGCAGAGGACUUUAUCGAGGAUGACUUCAAUCUUACAGGCCUGCAAUCGCAGGUACCCAUGUACAAGGAGGCACUGGAGAUGAUCCUGGACGUCGAACCAGAAGACGACGAUGAGGACGAAGAGGAAGAGGAGGAAGACGACGACGAGGACGAGGUCCUGGGUGACGAGCGGGGAGCCUACCGAAGGGCAAGUGACCGAAGACAUCUACGCAUAGCCUCAGACCUGAGCGUAAUAGAAAGCUCCGCCGAGCUCCUCUACGGCCUGAUACACCAGCGCUACAUCACCUCUAGGCCCGGUAUCCAGCAAAUGGCAGAGAAAUACGAGCUCCAGCACUUCGGCACCUGCCCGCGCGUAAACUGCAAUUCCUGCAAAGUCCUGCCUGUCGGCCUGAACGAUAGCCCCGGCCACGAGACCGUCAAGCUCUUCUGCCCCUCCUGCCUCGACGUCUACACCCCGCCCAACUCGCGCUUCCAAACCGUCGACGGCGCCUUCUUCGGCACAACAUUCCCUUCCCUCUUCUUCAUGACCUUCACAGACCUCGACAUCAGCGGCGGCCUGCGCAACAGCACAUCCGCCACCAUCGACGCCCUCGCCCAACUGCAGGCCCAGAGCGCAGAGACAAAGUCCCGCAACAACACCACCCCCGCAAACGUCACAUUGAUCAACGGUGUCGCGCCGAACAACCUUGCGCCUGGUCUUGGUGUAGGAUCAAUCUACGAGCCCCGCAUCUACGGUUUCCGCGUCAGCGAGCGCGCUCGCUCAGGUCCGCGCAUGAAGUGGUUACGAAUGCGCCCGGCAGACGUCACCGAACUCGACGAGACACGACGAUACUGGGAAGACCGCGCUGAGGACGAGGACCGGCCAGACAAAGACGACAUGAACAUGGUGGAUGUAGCAGAGGGCGGCAAGGCUGGUGUACCUGCCAAUCGGACACGGAAACAAGCACGCACAAGAAGGCGGCCGGCAAACGGCGGUGGAGCUCAGCAGGCUGAGGGUAGCCCUAUGGACACAAACGGUGUGGCUGUCGACGCUGCAGCAGGCUAGGUGCCAAUUAAGACGGAGUUGGGGCGUCGCCAGCGUAAGGAGUAUGCGGCGGACUAGGAUCCGCCUACUACAGCGCUAGGUGUUUGGCAGCGCGACGAACAUUUCAGGAUCGAAGGAUGGGGCGACAAGUGCGUGUUUGGUGAUUGCGAGACGAUGAGGAAGAUUCCUGCAGAACCACAACAUCACAAUAAGCGGAGAUGGGAGAUUCUCAUACAUGAACGGCGCUGGCGGAGUCAGAUGCUCAAGAGCCUGUAUUACUCGUCUUAUUCAGAGUGCUAUCCUUCUGCCUCAAGCGAGUCUUCUUCUGGAUCUGCAUCAGGCGCGUCUUCAUCUGCAGUAAGAUGGUCCUUGCGGAGCGAUUAGACUUGCAGGCAUUGGAUAGAUAGAUUUCAUUUGAUUCUAUACUACCACGCGAACCGAGAAGUGCCGGCUUCUUCACGAAGAAGUAAUAUCAAUUCACUGCUGAAC